AUGAUUAGUAAAGGUAUGUGUGUAAACAAAUGUGUGGAAGGCGAAGAAAGAGUGAAUGACGUGUGUCAAAAAACAUGUCCAAUUACACAAGAAUUUGUUGAUAACGUUUGUGUUGAUAAAUGUAAAACUUAUAUGGUCAGAAUAAACAAAACAUGUACAUUAAAUUGUCCAAGUAAUAUGGGGCCAAAUUCGAACUUCGACGGAUGUGAAACAAAAUGUCCAGAAGGGCAGAUUUAUAUAAAUGGGAAGUGUUAUCCCGAAUGUGAAGAGGGUUGGGAAUAUGUUGAAACAGAAAGUGUAUAUGAAUGCAAAAAGAAGUGUAAAAUCGAAACUGAAAAUAGACAAACUUCAAGUCCUUUUGAAUGUGUUUGUAAAUCCGAUUUUGAAAUUGUUGAUUCUGUUUGUACAAAGAAGUGUUUGGAUACAGAAGAACGGGUUAUAGACAAUACUUGUAAAAUGAAAUGUGAUGCAACUAAGUUUGAAAUUAGAGAAGAAAUAGCUCCAUAUGGAUGUAUAUGUGACACUGAUCAUACAAAGGUUGGAGAUAAUAGUUGCAUGAUAAAAUGCGAAGAAAAUAAGACGUAUACCACUACAUCUCCUUAUACAUGCGAGUGUAAAAAUGGAUAUGAAACAAUUACCAGUGGAAAUUGUAAACUUAAAUGCGAUGCAACCAAUUUUGAAAUAAGAGAUACAAACACACCAUAUGAAUGUAUAUGUCAUCCUGAUUAUGAGAAUAUUAAUGGUAUUUGCAAGGCAAAAUGCUUAGAUAAUGAUAAUAAAAUUCGUGAUGUAAACAGCCCUUAUGAAUGUGUAUGCAUAGAAGGAGCAUUAGAAACAUCAUCAACAACAUGCACUUGUCAAACUGGAAAUGAAGUCUAUCACAAUGGAAAUGGAUUUAAAUGUGUUCAGCAGUGUGACACGACAAUUCAAACUCGCAAUGAAACAACAUUGAACUGUGACUGUAAUGAUAGAACAAAAGAAAAUGUUGGUAAAAAGUGUUUAGAAAAAUGUGAUGCAAACACACAAAGACGAGAUGCUCAAGGAAUGUGUAUUUGUAAAGACGACAGAGAAAAAGAUGUUCAACAAACUAACAAAUGUGUGUGUAAGAAAGAUGCGUAUGAUGAAAUUAACAAUGUUUGUUACACAAAAUGUGGAGAUAACAUGACACGUGAUGAAAAUAAUCCAUCAAAUUGUGUAUGCAUUAUAACACAUGAAAGUGUCAAAGGAAAGUGCCUUGAAAAAUGUGAAACGAAUUAUGAAAGAGUAGAUGAAAAAUGUAUCAAAGUUUCAUGUGAAAAUGGUUACGAACUGAAUAACGGACAAUGUGAGAAGAUUUGUGGUGAAUUUGAAACUUUGAUCAAUGGUAGAUGUGGACAAAUUGUUUGUACACCUGGUCAGUUCAUUACUCCAGAAAAAACAUGCCGAAAUUGCAAAGCAACUUAUGAAGAUAAAUGUGGCACCAGUGAGUGUAUUCAAUGUACUGAAAACAGUUGUUUGAAUAUAUUCAUUUUGAAUACAAUAAUUAUCGCAUUGGUAAUGAUAAUUUAA